AUGGCUUCGACAAUCACCCCGGUCACUGAGUGGCCCGAUUACAAUGGCGAUCCAACGGGCGGUAAUCCCAUUACCCAUGAUUUGAAUGCUACUUAUGACAAGUCUCUUUUCUGCGCCUGUGCUGUAGGCAUACAAUUUUGGAUUUAUGGUUAUAGCUUGUAUCAAUCUCGAACUACAAACCCAAUCUUGGGUGACCUGUCGCUCGCCGUAUUCCACAACGUCCUUGCCCAGCCAUCGAUUGCAAACUCUGAUAUCCCAGAGAUCCUAUAUGCGAUCUUCGGAGUCACUUUCGUCACCGCCACUGCCAUGAUUCUGGCUGGAGCGAUGCUGGAAAGAGGCAGAUUAUGGCCUAGCAUGGUGUUCCUUCUGUGCUGGACAACCUUUGUGUACUAUCCUCUAGCUUAUUGGGAGUGGAAUCCCGCCGGCUGGCUGUACGCGUUAGGCCUAUACGACUUCGCAGGAUCGGGGCCAGUCCAUAUUGCCUCCGGGUUUGGUGCUCUGGCUUGGUCCUUCAUGUUGGGACCUCGACUGCCCGACGCCAGCAUCACCGAUCGCAAGCGAGCCGUACACUAUAAACCACAUAACCCAUUGCUCAUGGUUCUUGGAACUGUACUUAUUUGGUUUGGCUGGUUUGCUUUUAAUGCUUGUGCCGGCGGAAUCGCUUGGGUUCUGCUCGGAUAUCUACAUACCCGAAAAUUCUCUUUGGUCGGAUUCUGCAGCGGUAUUAUCGCAGGACUAGUCGGCAUCACGCCCGCUGCCGGAUUCACGCUCAUAUAUGUUUCUCCGGUAAUCGGAGGUGUCACGUCGCUGGUGUGCUUUUACUGUGUCAAGUACAAGUACAUUCUCUCGGUUGACGACGGCCUCGAUAUCUUCGCCAUCCACGGAAUCGGUGGCGUUAUCGGAGACAUCCUGACUGGCCUCUUUGCUACUGGAUAUGUUCCUGCGCUGGACGGUGUAUCAGGAGACGCUUAUGCAGGUGGAUGGUGGGAUGGCAACUACCGCCAGCUUGGUCUCCAACUUGCGGGUGCUGUGACCUGUGCUGCGUGGUCAUUUGUCAUCUCGUGCAUAUUGCUCUUCGUCAUUGGCAAAAUCCCGGGCCUACAUCUUCGAGCCAGCGAGGAACACGAGAUCAGAGGUCUUGACUACAAGUAUCUCAGUGAUAUGGACUGGGAGGACCACUACAUGAACGGAGGCAUCACGCCGGUGAUGGAGGGAACGCCUAUGCGAGUUUCAACUCCUCAGCAAACUCCCGACAAGAGUGAAGAGAGGAAGGUAGACUAA